CCGCCGUCCUCCCCGCCCCUCCGUCAUGGCGGCGGCGGCGGCAAAUUAGGGCACAGCUCGCACCGCCUGGGGCGCGCCCGCGCGCGCGCGCCCACCACACCCCCCCCCCUCUCCCUUCCCCACCCUCUCCCCACCCGGCGCAACGACCCGAAGCGGCGCCGAUCCUCGCCCGGGCCCCAGCCCGCCCGCCCGCCCCCUCCUCCUCCUCCCCGACCCUCUCCCUUCCCCUAUUCUCCCUACUCCUCCCUCCCCCUUUCCGCGCCCCACGGCGCCCGCAGACUUCCUCAGUUACCAAGAGAAAACUCUAGGAGCCCUGUAAGAGCACUGCUGCAUUUCAGGACCACCCGAUGGCGUCCUCUACUGCUGUGCCUGUAGGAUUUCACUAUGAAACAAAAUACGUAGUUCUCAGCUACCUGGGACUUUUAGCACAAGAGAAGCCACAAGAGCAUCCUCCUCCUUCAAGUCAAGGGGCUCAACAACAGCUUGUGGCACAACAUGCUUCAGAGAAAGAGGCUUUGGAGAAGAUUAAAAUAGAAAUCGAGGAGGAGCUAAAGCAUCUUGAUGAAGAAAUCUUGGAAGCAUUUACCACUACAGGAUUUGACUGCCACACUUCCCCAGUGUUCAGUCCUGCCAAUCCAGAGAGCUCAAUAGAAGACUGCCUGGCUCAUCUGGGGGAGAAAGUGUCCCAGGAAUUGCAAGACCAUCUGCACAAAGCACUGCAGAGCUUGCUUAGCAAGCCGGUGACAUAUCAAGAAUAUCGAGAGCGCACACAAGAGACAGCUGCUCAUGCCAGUGGAUGGAACAAGGUCUUGGUACCCCUGGUUCUGCUACAACAGUUUCUGAUGGAGUUAACCAGACGGGGACAGGAACCACUGAGUGCACUUGUGAACUUCGGAGUGACCUAUCUAGAAGACUACUCUGCAGAUUAUAUCAUUCAACAGGGAGGAUGGGGGACAGUUUUUACUUUGGAAUCUGAAGAGGAAGAAUACCCCGGGCUCAUCGCAGAGGACAGUAAUGACAUCUACAUACUGACCAGUGACAACUCAGGACAGGUGAGCCCUCCCGAAUCCCCCACAGUGACCACGUCGUGGCAGUCAGAGAGCCUGCCCGUCUCCCUGUCAGCGAGUCAGAGCUGGCACACUGAGAGCCUGCCAGUCUCCCUGGGACCCGAGUCCUGGCAGCAAGUGGCUAUGGAUCCGGAAGAAGUCAAAAGCCUGGACAGCAACGGAGGGGGUGAAGAAAGGAGUGAGAACAACUCUUCCAACUCGGAUAUUGUUCAUGUGGAGAAGGAAGAGAUACCUGAGGGGAUUGAGGAAGCAGCAGCAGUAGCCGGUGCUGCAGAGACCAUGCAGGCAGAGUUUCCAGAGCCCCCUGCUUCUUUACAGGAAGUAAAACCUCAAGCUAAGAUUGCUGCUGUUGAAAAAGCACAUCCCUCAGCACUUCUGCGUGCAAAACAAGAGGAAAAGGGAAAAGUGGCCGAAGAGCUUGUUGAACCUGAAAUCCCCAUAUUAAGUAAACCUGCCCCAAAGUUAGCCCCAUCAGAAGAAAAGGCUGCGCCAGAACCUGCAAAAAUACUGCUUCCAGGGGAAAAAAAAGUAGGGAAAGAGGGCCAUUUGGAAGAAACAGAAGAGAAAUCCUCGGCUGCAGAGGAGAAGCCUAUCUUAUUGCCGGAGGGGAAAUCCAUAUUGCUGUACGGCGGGGCUGCUGCCAUCGCUAUAUUAGCUGUAGCAGUUGGAGUAGCGCUGGCGCUUAGGAAAAAGUAACGGAGCUCUCUUGAGGAGGAGGAGAAGAACGAGGAAUGGGGGGAGAGAAGAGAGCACGAUCUUAUUUUUGUAGCUGUGUUACCCAAAGGUUGAGCUGCCUGCUGUUUAAUUGGACAUUUGAAUAACUUAAGGGUGACGGGAUGAGGUCAUUCAGUGAGCCUCCAGCUAUGGACAAUCGUUUUUAGUAGAAUUGGGGUGGGGACUGGUUUUUCGUGAUCAAAGUACAGGGGUAUUUUUAACAAUAAAAAAAAAAAUCUGCAAAUUUAAGAACUUAAGUGCAGGUGCUGAAGAAAGGGGUGCUCUUAACUCUAGAAACUGGAACAGAGAACCCCCAGGGGAAGGGGAGAGCCAGCUGCCACCAACCCCUGAAGUUCUUGGCUUCUCAGACUGACCACUACUGCAGCUGUGCUGUCUUGUCACUUCCCAUUGUGCCCCCCCAGACCCUCCCUAACACACAUUUACCAACCCGAGUUCUGUAGCGAGAGGCUGGUCUCCCUUUUGUCUCACCUUCCUCUCAGGUACAGCACUUCUCCUUGUAACCUUGCAGGUUCCUCCUAAGCCCCAGUGGGAGAGUGCUUAUAAUCUUACCUCUUUGCUCACACUGUUUUUGGCCCCUGACAUUUAUUGGAGCCCCAUCCUGUAAAGAUGCUGCCUCUCUAUAGCUGUAUUAUCUCUGAGCAUCCUGCCGUUCCAGGGGGAGAGGUGCAGGAGGGUGGGUGUGAGGGAGGGCCACUGUUAUUUGCUGGUUUGAAAAUCCAUUUGCUCCACUCCUGCCGAGCCCACUUUACUGCCACCCUUGAGUUACCAGAGGUGCAAAAUUCAUGCUAGACACAGUGCCGUUCUGAUCAGUACUCUGAUGCCAGGGCAUAUUCAGCAAAAAUACGGCAAAACUACACAGAACUGAGGCCGAUGCCUCCUGUGCAAUUCCAAGGUUAAACGCUAAGCUGUCAUGUAUCACCCUGCAGUUUGUAUUGUUUUUCCCAGGUUAAGCACAGAGUGUAUUUAGUGCUAACUUGGUCUUGGCUGUGACAGAAUCCGAGAUACAUGAGGUGGUGGAUUCUAGUAGUUUAGCAGAACAGCAUUAACCAUCUCUAUCUGCCUGUUCCUGAGCUGACCCGCAGUGUUGUUUGGUGCAGUUUCUUUUGCGACUCUUGAUUCCGUAAUGAGCUAAACUUACAAGUUGACAAAUCGUGAGAAAGUGACUUUGGCAAAAAGUAAAUCCCUCUUCUUGCGGUCACAGCACUUCAAAUGCGUGUGUAGAGAAACCUUUAAGGUACUGCCAUACACAUUUGUUACAUUGGAUCCAACCACAAGUGUUCCUCUUUCAGUGCACAUCUCUGUGUCUGUCCUUGUCCGUACAGCAGCUCUGGCAGCAAGACCUCAGGCUUUCCAGGCAAAACUACUGAGGCAUCUCUGAGGGUUCGUGCUGGCACUGUGGAUUAGACCAGAUGGAGGUAGGUGGAAGGGAACUUGGAAUAAUGAAAAAAAAUGAAAACCUAAGCUUAUGGGAACUGUUACCAUACUCUUCCCAAGCACAAAGACAAGGUACUUGAUUCCUAGGUAACUUCAGAGUAUGUCUCCUAAUGAACCUGUUCUUAAGUGAAUUGAGAAUGUAGAGAUUUUAGCACAUUGUCUAUUUUAGGAUAGUCUUACUGCAUUUUCCUUUCCCACCCGUAUCCCAUGAUGCUGGGAAGUCAGUUAGAACCUAGCAAAUUCUGAAGGAUUGUUACUGUUUAAGAUUUUUUUGAUAGUGGAUUUUUAAGAAAAAUUUUUGGGUUUUGAACUCUGUGCGAAGUUGAAUACUAAGAGGAAGGACUGUCACGUAUGUACUGCUGGUGUGGACUGAACUCAGGACCUUUGACUUUACUUUUGAUCAUUGAUGGCUCUUUUUUCAUAUACAAAAUGUAGCAGGUUGGCCUUAAGAAAAAAAGCAGGCACAACCAUUACCAUGUUGCAGAGGAGAAUUGACUUUUUUUUUACCAUUUCCUAAUGCCAUCCUGGUACUCUCAUUGGCAUGCUUUGUGCCCACAAAGGGUCACUGGAACUUCUUCAUGCCAUGGAUUCUCUGGUGUCUGCCUUCCCACCAUGACAAUUCCCUCUCCUGACCCCUCAGAGGAGUUUCCCUUGCGUGCAGAGGCGUCUUUAUGCUCCUUGUGUCAUGGAUGUUUUAGAAAGUUUACAGUUUGCUUCAUUUCACAUGUUGCAACAUUGAUGUUUAGCAACCAGUGACAUGGUGUGUGCUGUGGGUAACUGGUUGUUCCUCUCUGGCAAGGACUGCUUUACUGCCCAAUAGGUUGAGCAAGUCUGCCCCUCUCCUGCUGCUUUUUUGAUGGCUUUGAUUUUCUAUCCUUGCUGAAGAUGAUAAAUCCACAUUUGGGACAUCCCAUCUGUAGCCAGGCAGCAGGUUACACAGAAGUACCCACAUAUGCUCUGAAGCAGAGUUGGGUUGUUUUUUUUUUAACACUCUGGACAACUUGCACACAAAACAGGGGGUGUGGGGGUGUGUUAGGUGUUCUUUUAGCCCUUUUCUGUUGAUGGUUGUUUCAGCAGUAGUGUUGGGAGAUGGGUACAAGACAGGCAAUAAAAAUAAAUUCAUGCCAAUAAGGGAAGAAAUCCCUAGCUUGUUGGCACAAGGAGCCCAGUGGGGCAUUAAAAAGAAAGUGUUGUCUUCCAGAUGCAGCAGGGAGAGUGUGGCAGCAGCAGUAGGGAAAAACUUUGGUUUACUUUGUUUUGUUAAACAUUUUCAUGGUGGGGUGAAAGCCUUUUUAGUAUCUGGUGUGUUGUUACGUUUAAUAGAGCAUUACCUGCACUGUAUUUUGGUUGCUUGGUCCUUUAUAUUCUCAUUUUAGGGUCAUGUUGAUUUGAAAAGUCAGCGAGAAUUUGUAUGCUCUUCCCCACCCACCCCACUGGUCAUACAUUUAGAAAAUUUAUCAUGUGUGUCUCUCCUCUGGGAACACUCCAUUAGCUAAAAAGGUCAGUUAUGGACUGAAUUCUUCUGAAUUUGGAGUCCUGUGGUCAGAGCUGGGACAGACCCUGUGGCAGUCACCAAAGGGAGGGUCAGCUCAGAUGACGGCGUUCUUACAGACCCCAGAGCCAGGCUGCUCACUGUGUUACAGGUGUGAAUUAGAAAAUGGAAGGGUUUUUCUUCCCCUCUAUCUUCAAGUAUAAUAAAGUAAUCUGAAACUGCAGGGUCUAAUUACUGUAAACCAUGUGAUGCAACCUCUCUUGUGUGGAUCUCUCACAGCUGGCAGAGGAAAGGCAGUAGCUAUAUACUUAUAAUAGGGCAUAUAGAAUUACUCUCACUUGUGUUGCUUAUCCCCUUCCCAGAAGUGCCUCAAUAUCUGUCCUCGAGUGGCCUGUACCUUUAACAAAAUAUCUACCUUAGACCCAUUCUUUCUUCACUUUAUCCUUGUGUGCAGCACACCCUAAAGCUGAGAUGCUAAAAGAGUAGAGGGCUGGAUCAACAACAACAAAAAAAGUGUUAAAUACUUAAGGGCUUUCAGUGGGUAGCAUGCUAAAAAAGGAGCUGUCAAGGAAAAGGCUUUCAAGAGGAGGUACAACUUAAAUUUCAGCUGUGCUUAACUCUAAGCUAUGCUCAUUUUAGCCUGCACUGUGUCAGAGCCUGGUAGACUCUGCCUCCAUAAGUCCCUUAAACUUUGGAAGUUACAGGCUGUGGGGCACUGGCAUAGCAGUGCUGAGCUGCUCAGCUAGGGCAAAAUCAGAAUGUUGCUGGGCACACAUGGAGAGACACCUUGAAAACUGAAGCUUUUUGGAUGCUCAGUAGGGGCUCUCAGGGUGAUACUUUGGAUGCUGAAAAAAUACUAAAAAUACUUUGAUCUAGAAUGUAAGAUCUGGCCCAAUAAAAUAAGCUAGAGACAAGAGAGUAACACUUCUGCAGCCUUCUGUCCAUGCAGAUGUGAAUCAUCGGCCUGCUCCAGGGACUUGCCAGUCUGAGCAGAAGCUUCUAGCAUAGCACCAGACACUGCAGGGGAAGCAUGGGCUCUGUUCAGUACUGCACCUGAUUUUGGACACCAUUUUAACUUCUGGCUGGAGGUGAAGUGCCUGUUGCAGUGUUUGCAGUCGGUUGUUUCUUUCCUAACCUGCCUUUAGAGAGCAACUUGCUACUACAAGAACCCAUCCUUGCUGCUUGUGAGGGCUUGGUAUUUCAUCCUGGCUGCAGGCUGUGCCCUGGCACCUGCAGCUCAAGGGAUGGUUGAAAGCUCUGGGAUAGGGACUUGUGUAGGGACAAGUUCCCUCACCAGAUUAAUUUCCUUCUUCUUCAUGUAGCUCAGAGCAGAGCUAGGCUAACGCUUUGGACUGUAUUUUUAAACUACUCCAUGCUUUCUAAUGGUCAUAGAUGAAAAGCUUCAUUAGUACUAAAGUGAGUUUCUGAAGUUUGGUCUUUUUUCAUUUUAGUUAUUAUAUUAGACAAAAUAAUCUAACAUCACAAGCCUCUACAUUUUAAUUUCUGCUUCAGUGGUAGGAUAGUACUAGCAAAGCCAUAGUAAGGUAGAUUUUGCUAUUCUGGAAAAAAAAUUAAGUGCUUCUGGCAGCAUAGUCUUUCAUUCACUGAACCAGCACAAGCUCAUGCUACAGAAUUUGAGUGUAAUUACUAGAUUCUUGUGCUGUGAAAUUAGGGUGAGGGGGGUGGGUAGGUGAGUGCAGCCCCAGCUACAAUGCCUAUGUAGAGCCCAGGUCUUCAGGAGAAUGUCUCAUUUCAGGCAUGAAAUGUACUGAAGGUCAGCCUUCUGUGUCUACUGCAACAGGAGCAGACCCACACAGUAGGAGUUGCAUCUCCUCCAACAGGUUACACAACAGGAGAAAGUGUUUCCCAGUGAUAUAUGGAAAGGUGAAGCACAUUUUCUCCAGUACCUAUUAAAGGCAGAAACUGUACAUGACUUCAGUUUGGCUUGGUCUGCUUAAUUUCAGCACUAGUAAGGUUACAAGGACAGUGUUGCUCUGACUCCAUGUAUCUAUAUCUGCUUCAAAGUGCAGGCUCUGUAUUGCCACUAAAAAGGGAUGGGAGGCUGUAAGAUUUAAGCUAUUGCUACUUCAUUCUUGUAGAGCUGUCUCUGAGGCCCACACAGAGCAGGGACUGCAGGGCUAAUUAAGCAAUCAUAUUCAGAUGAUGCCUGCUAAAUGAACUCUCAACUGAGAUACUUGGGUGCUGGGGAGUGAGAACUGCACCAGCUGGGAAGGGGUCAGCUGUAGUGUUACAGUACAGCCAGGGGAACCAUAAUACACCACUCAGAUCCAUCUCUUAAGUUAAAUAAUGUUAUAACUUUUUUUUUUUUUCUUCCUACUUAGAGCUGACCCUCUCUUGGUCUCUUAGGUAGGCUGACUUGCUUCCUCCUAGCUAGAGGUCUAUGGUUAUGCUGUAGAAGUGGGGGAGCUACAGUUAGCUUCCAGUGGAAGCUGCUUUUGAUCUCCCUGCAGUAUCUGCAGGGGAGGAAAGGAACACUUUGAUUUGGACAGAACAGGCUGCAGAGGAUGCAUCUUACUGCUGUACUUUUAGGGGGUCUCUCCCCAUUUUUAACUUGCAUUAUAAACUUUUAUUCAAGUGCAAAGCUAAAACCAACUCAGACCAAAAGAAUGCCACUUGAGUGUGUGCAAAGAUGAGUGGUACUGACUCUGAAUAUGCAUGUUAAGGGAUAUCUUCUACUAGGCUUUUGCUGGGUGUAAACAGAUACAGAUAGUGAUGGACUUGCAAGGAUUUUGGAUUCUGUUCCCAAAAGGUCUGCAUGAAGGAAGAGACCCUGACUGGUCCUCAAGUCACCUAUUAGCUGAGGAACUGGUCAUAUUGUUCCUUUUAAUAUGCAAGUGCAGCCUUCUUGGGAAAGCUGUCUAAAGCUUCUUGUGCCAUUUGGUUAAUAAAAGUGUUUCCACCUUUAAAAGGAAAUUCUCUCCAGCUCCAUUGUUCUAUAUGCAGUUUAAGUGAAGGGGUAUGUACAUUUUUUCCCCUUUGCUAAUGAGACACAGCUGUAAGACCAUACCCCCAGGUUGCACUUUAAUAAAUGGUACAAUUUUCAAAA